AUGGCGAUGAGCAAUGUAAAGCGCUUGGGAGCGUUGCCUAGCCCAUAUACAUUACAGGUUCAACUCGCUCUCAACAUAAAGUCUGUCAAUUGUCCAAUACAUGACCAGGUAUGUAGCUCAGGUCCCUCCAUCCUCCCUGCUGAUACCUAUGAUCACGUCAUCACCCUUUUCUGGACAUCCUAUAUUGACCAGAAGUUCUUUCCACCACUGGAAGUGAUCGGGGCGACACAAGACGAAGAGGCAAGGACAGUGGCAAUAGAGCAUCUGACAGGGGAUAGAACAUUGUUUACCACUUUUAAGGAAUGCUUAGUUGGUACUGUUACUUUUGGUGAUGGUAAUGAUUCUACUGUGAGUGGUAAAUGUAAGAUCAAAUUUUCAAGAAUUGGGGAGUUAAAGAAUAUUCUAUAUGUUAAAGGUUUAGCUACUAAUCUAUUGGAUAUCAGUCAAAUCUAUGAUGAGGAAUUUCAAAUCCUUUACUAA